AUGAAGUGGGACUGGGGUGCUCUGCGGCGGCAGACGCUGGAGUUGUUGUACGGUGCCACCGCCCAGCAGCGGCACCAUCAGUCGCAGCACCGAGAUCAGAAGCAGGCGUACGAGGCUUUCAUGGCGAUGUCUGCCAGCGCCGCUGGUGAGCCGCAUCGCAGUGGGGGCAGCGCGGCUCCUAGCUCUUCCCCGCCUGCCCCUGGAAGGCGGCACCGCGACCGCGGAUACGCUGCUGUCCGCAGACGCUUCCAGCGCAUCCCAGAUAUGUUCCUCGACAUGGAGUUUUACUUCGCCAUCACCGGCCUGGGCCUCUUCGACCACCUCGUCGGGCUGCUGCUGCUGCCGCUGAAGGUGCUGACACAGUGGCGACGGUGCGAACUACGGGACAUCAUUACACUGUUUGUGCUCACCAUGACACUGGGUAGCUACUGGGUUGCGAGCCUGGCGACGACCCAGCUGUACUCCUACCUCUACCACGCCGUGCGACGCACGUCGUUCAUCAAGGUCGUCAUGAUCUUCAGCAUCCUCGAUGUGGCGGACAAGAUCCUCUCAUCCCUCUCGCAGGAUUCGCUCGAGGUGCUCUACGCCGCCGUAGACGAUGAGUACGCCUACCGCUGCGCUCGCCGCCGCCAGGCCAACCCAGCUGCGGCAGGCACACGGACGAAGAGGGCUGCUUUUGGGAGUGCGUGUGCAGGUCGCGACGACGCUGGAUCCGCCACCGUCCGCCAGCACACGCCUCCAUCGCGGUGGCUCCUCGCCGGCAGCGCGAUCGCCGCCUGCAUCAGCACCUCCUGUCACUCCCUCUCUCUCCUGCUGCACGUCGUCACGCUGAACGUCACGAUAAACGCGGAGGGCAACUCGUUGCUGGCGCUGCUGGUGGGCAACAACUUCACGGAGCUGAAGAGCGUCGUGUUCAAGAAGAGCACGCCGGAGUCGCUGCACAGCGUGUGCGCCCUCGACGCGCUGGAGCGCAUGCAGUACGUUGUUGUCUUCUUUGUGCUGCUGCUGCACCACAUGCACGAGCGCUUCACCGACUUCGCCGUUGCAGACAUCUUCGUCAUCCUCUGCGUCGAGGUGGCCAUCGACUUUGUCAAGCAUCUCUUCGUCUUCCGCUUCAACGACAUUCCGCCUUCAAUGUUCCGGGCCUACUCCCAGCUGGCGCUGCUGGACUUGAGCUGCGAAACAGCUCUUUGGCGGCUGCCGUCGCUGGAGGUGGUGGCGAGCGGGUCCGGCAGCGGCGUCGCAACGCACAUGGAAGAAGCGGCCGAGCUGCUCACGCCUGCUUUCGGCUUUGCCCCCAAGAAUGUCAAGCGGAACGGCUUCGACGCCAUCGCGUAUGCGGCGCUGCUGCUGUGGAGCUGCGAGCGAGUGGCGGGUUACCUCCUGUGGCAAGCGCCUCUGGUGUGCGUCUUGCUCGUGCUGAUCCUCGCUCUUCUGAAGCUCAUGCUGUCCAGUAUCGUCCACGGGAUGUGCGCGCGCUUCACCCUCCGGACGUUGGUGGUGUCCCCACCGUCGUGGCCGCCGCUGCCACAGCCCAGCGCGACUCUGACGAGCUCGCUGGCCUCCACGUGGGGUGUUCGGAUGGGUGUCUCGCCGAUCAGCACGCCGCGCGCGACGCCCAUGGGCGGCAGCCGCCACUUACAGAUCACUGCGGCGACGUCUCCCUCUGUGAACGGCAAGAGUGGUCCAGUAGCAGUGCGCACGUUGGUGCGGCUGACGCCGCUUCUACUGGCUCUGCUGAAGGCAGAUCGCUUCGACCUACAGGCUGGCAAGGCGAAGCGCACCUACUGA